UAUCUAUGAAUAGAUUAUAAACAAUGAGUAAACUGGCAGUGUUUACAGGGCUCGUCCUGUUGUUGGCGGCCGUGUAUUACGGGCGGAAGGAGUGGAGCAGGGCUGCGCGAGAGGCCAUUCACCGGAAGUUGGUGAGGAGUACUGACACGCUCCGGGAGAUACAGGAGCACGCCAAAGAGUUCAACAGGAAGGAAAUUAUCAAGGCUACGGACUCCAUCUAUGUUGGACUCGGGUACGCACUCGCCAACUCGAUCAUGUUGGUCGGUCCAUCCGGGCUUGUGAUCGUGGAUGUCACGGAAACGCUGACAGGAGCUCGGGAAAUCUUCGACGAGUUCCGAAAAAUCUCGGACAAACCCGUCACUGACAUCAUAUUCACGCACAAUCACGCUGACCACGUAAAUGGCGCCACAGCGUUUGUCGAAGACGUUUUGACACCACCUAACGUAUGGGCCCAUGAGUCCAUAAAGAAAGGGUUUGAGGUUCUGUUUACUGGAGCGAGUGACGCCCAUUAUGCGCGGUCCAUGCGGCAGUUCGGCGUGUUUAUUCCGGAAAGGGUGUCCGCGGGAAUCGGGUACCGGCUGAAUUAUGGGGACAAGGAUAACGAUGUCGGUCCUAUGUUCCCGACCAAGUUUGUCCCUGGAGAUGAAUUGGACGUGAAACUGGGAGGACUUGAUUUGAAAAUCGUGCACAUCCCGGGUGAAACUGACGACCAGAUCGGAGUGUGGGUCCCCAGCGAGCGCGCCUUCCUGUGCGCGGAUGAUCUGUACCGGACGUUCCCCAACCUGUACGCGAUCAGGGGCACCAAGACGCGUUCCUUGCUCACGUGGGUUCGUUCCCUGGACAAGAUAAUAGACUUGGAACCGGACAUCCUUAUUCCCAGCCACACUCGGCCCGUCAGAGGCCACGACACUGUCAUGAAGGUUCUCACCGAGUACCGGGACGCCAUUCAGUUCAUCCACGACCAAUCACUGCGGUUGACGAAUUAUGGCUACCAUCCAGAUGAAAUCGCUAACAUGGUCAAACUUCCUGUAAAACUUGCCAGCAGCCCUUUUUUGAAGGAAUUUUAUGGUUCGGUGAAAUGGUCAGCCAAAUCUGUGUUUACGGAGCAUGAGGGUUGGUUUAGUGGGGACCCCGUUGACCUGGACCCACUCACAAGGGAUGAGAAAGCUCUAAAGAUGGUCGAGUUGGUCGGCGCUGAAACACUUAUUGAAAAUGCUAAAACGGCUCUUCAAAACAACGAUUUUCAAUGGGCGUUGGAACUGUCUUCGUACGUGGCUAGGUUGGAUGCAGGGAAUAAUGUCGCUAAAGACAUUCAGGUAGAAUCUCUAACGGAACUAGGGUCUAGGCAGUUAAGUAACAACGGUAGAAAUUACUAUCUUACCUGUGCAAUGGAAAUAGCUACAGGACUCAAAUUCACAACCCCACAAGGGUCCAAAGCUGAAUUUAUCAAUGCAUUUCCUAUCGACUACAUUAUCGAUACAUUUCCGCGUAUUUUUAAACCUGAAGACUGUGAAGACAGAAAUGAAACCAUUGUGUUCGAGUUCUCGGACCCUCCCUCUAUACAUUCCAUUCAGCUAAGGAACGGUGUGGCCAUCUCCAGGCACAAAGAGCCGAAACACUGGGACAUCCGUGUGAAGGUGAGCGAGGCGGUCUGGAAGGAGGUGGUGGCCGAAUCACGCAGCUCUGCGGCUGCCCUCGUGUCCGGGGAUAUAUCAGUGGAAGGAGGGGUACUCGCGUUCAAGUCGUUCAUGGACUGCUUUGACAAAGAAUCUCAUUUUUUAUUUAGGUAGUUGAAAGUGAUGAAUUAAAUGUGUUUUGCAUAUUAUGUUGAUGUAAU